AUGGCACUCGAAGGUAGUACAAAUCUAAGUCAUACUGGAAAAUUAUAUCAGGGAAAAGGGAUCAAAUUAUCUGUAAAAGUUGAGCCGCUGGAAACCUUAAUUGAGUUGAGCCGUCAUAUCAAAGGGAAGAUUAUGCAAGAUUUUAAAAGGAAAUAUGGAAAUAUCUUGGAUCUUCUGUCAGUCACAAUACAUAAUGAUGCAAUAAUGGAAUUAAGCCAAUAUUGGGAUGCCUCGUUAAGAUGUUUCACAUUUCAAGACUUCCAAAUGGCACCGACUUUGGAAGAAUAUGGAGAAAUUUUGAGAAUGCCCCUUAAGGAGAACAUGGCAGUAUAUCUUUAUCCUGGAUAUUUACCAUCUCGAGGCACGAUAGCGAAAAUUUUGGAAAUUCCUAAGGAAAAGGUACGAAUGGUUUGCCCAGGACAAACAGAGGGAAUCUCAAGAGCUGAUGUAGAAGCCCACUUGAAAGUUUUGGCAGGAAAAGAGGCUUGGGUUACAUUUUGCAGAGUCUUUGCCUUAUGCAUAUAUGGAAUAAUCCUGUUUCCAUCAUCAAUUGGCAUAAUUGACUUAGGAGCCAUUAGUGUAUUCCAAAUGGUGGAAUACCAUAACGUGAAUCCAGUACCAGCAAUCUUGGCAGAAACGUACUUGACCUUAACUCAAUGUCACGAUAAAGGGAAAGGAAAGGUCAAUUGUUGUAUUGCAUUACUGGAUUUAUGGAUGCUUGGCCACCUUUAUGGAAAGACGCUUCCUUUCAGAAAGAAGAACGACUCAGACAGUAAUCCACUCAUGUCUUUUAAAGGCCAAUUCGUGAUUGACGGAAUGAGCUACAUGGAUUGGAAAAGAACCUUCUCAGAACUUAAAGAAAGUUCCAUUUUAUGGAAACUAGACUGGUGGUGGAAAGAGGAGGUUAUUUACCAUUGUGGUGACUUUCCGAAUGUGCCUUUAAUGGGACCCAGAGGGUGUAUCAACUAUAACCCUUCCUUAGCGUUAAGGCAACUGGCCUAUAAGCAAAAUGUUCCUUCUAAGAAAGAGGUGCAGGAGUUAUACUUUCUACAUAAGGAGGAUGGGACAAAGUUAUCAAACCAGAAUGUCAAAGAAGCAUGGCAAGAGAUAGGCAAUGACUUGAAAGAGAUUAAUGGGCAAUUGGUUGAAUGCUUGAAGAUGAAGGAAAAUGAGUUACAAGCGCUUGCUAGCUCAGAGUCUAAGAAUAAAGAAGAAUUGGAAAAAUACCAAAACGAAUGCGAAAAUGCCAAACUGAAAAGGGAAGUGCAAACUAGUGAUAACAAAGUUCAAAGUACUAAAGCAAGACUUGUCAAAAUAGUCAGGGAAAAUGAUGCAUUGAAGAAGGAAUUACAAGACAUCAGACCCAUUGAGGAGAUGCAGCAAGAAAUCAAUACGCUCACAAGACAAUUGGAAAGGAAGGUGAAUGAACUAGCCAGGGUGAGAGGAAGUGCAGCUGAGACAGCACAGAACUUUGUUCAGAGGCUUAAUCAACAAAAUGAAGUCUUAGAAGAGUGGAAAUCACUUUGCCUUGAUCAAACAGAAGAAACCAAAGAGUGGAUGUUAAAAUGUAGGCAGAUAAUUGAUUUGGCUAAUGACAAAAUUCCAGAAUUUGCAAGAGCAUUUAAGCAAGCUGAAGGCAUGGUUCUCCCUGGGGAACUCCAUUAG